AUGUCGGACAUCACCGUCGUGUGGCAAGUAUUGUUCGCUUUGCUCCUCUUCCUCGGUUCGGUGCACGGGCAGGUUAGUUAUUCUAUUCCGGAGGAGAUGUCGAAAGGUUCUUUGGUCGGCAACAUAGCGCAGGAUUUGGGUCUAGAUUUGAAAAGGCUGAAAUCGGGCAAAGCACGUAUUUAUAGUGAGGACAAUACUGAAUACAUCGAGUUGAAUAAAGACAGAGGGGUCCUGCUUAUCAAGGAGAGGAUAGACAGAGAGACAUUGUGUGGGCAGAGGACGCCAUGCGCCCUGCAUUUCCAGAUUGUCCUUGAGAAUCCCAUGGAAUUAUACAGCGUUGUUAUACUUAUUCAAGACCAAAACGACAACGCACCACAAAUUCUUUAUCCAGUGCAGACUAGUGGCUCUCUUGUUACUGAAAUUGUUCCUCGUUCAGCAGAUGUGGGCUAUCUAGUCACUAAAGUAGUUGCUGUUGAUGUUGACUCUGGACAGAAUGCCUGGCUCUCUUAUAAAAUUCAGAAAGUGACAGACAGAGCGCUGUUUGAAGUUGGCGCACAGAACGGAGAAAUAAGGACUAUUCGCCAAGUCACUGACAAAGAUACAGUGAAACAAAAGCUCACUGUUAUUGUGGAGGACAACGGACAGCCCUCUCGCUCUGCUACAGUUAAUGUGAAUGUUGCUUUGGCGGACAGCUUUCCUGAAGUGCUCUCAGAGUUCAGUGAUUUUACGCACAAGGAAUACAACGACAACCUGACUUUUUAUUUAGUCUUGGCCCUGGCUGUAGUUUCUUUUCUCUUUAUCGUGUCCAUAAUAGCCAUACUGUCAGUGAAAUGCUACAGAUGGAGACGCGACAGGAUGGUUUAUAAAUCCAACGGAAAUCUACCGGUUAUCCCGUAUUACCCGCCCCUUUACGCAGACGUAGGGGGCACAGGAACUCUACAGCAUGUGUACAACUACGAACAUUACAGAACAACCGACUCCAGAAAGAGUGACAUGAAAUAUGCCAGACCUUGUAAUCAAAGCAUCAUCAGUCUGGAUAACACUGAAAUACAGACUCUACCGCAUGCGCACAACGAGAAACUGAUUGACGACACUGAUGACCAGGUUAGCUAUUCAAUUCCAGAAGAAAUCCCUAAAGGUUCAUUUGUUGGAAACAUAGCGCAAGAUUUGGGGCUGGAUUUGAAAAGACUGAAUAGGGGCAAAGCUCGCAUUCACACCGGAGACGAUACAGAAUACAUCGCGCUGAACAAGGACAGGGGAAUCCUUUCUAUCAAAGAAAGAAUAGACCGAGAGACAUUGUGCGGGCAGACUACGCCAUGCGCUCUACAUUUUCAGAUCAUGUUAGAGGAUCCUUUGGAAUUCUACACAGUCACGAUUAUUAUUCAAGACCAGAAUGACAACGCCCCUCAAGUGCUUUAUCCAGUGCAUACAGGCAGCUCUGUUGUGGCUGAAAUUGUCCCUCGGUCAGCAGAUGUGGGUUAUCUUGUGACAAAAGUUGUGGCUGUAGAUGUGGACUCUGGACAGAAUGCCUGGCUCUCAUACAAACUACAGAAAAACAUGGAAAGGGCACUGUUUGAAGUGGGCGCUCAGAAUGGAGAAAUACGAAUCAUUCGUCAAAUCACCGAUAAAGAUGCUGUGAAGCAAAAGCUUACUGUUGUAGUGGAGGACAACGGACAGCCACCUCGCUCAGCUACAGUCAAUGUGAAUGUGGCUUUAGCGGACAGCUUUCCCGAGGUGCUUUCGGAGUUCAGUGAUUUUACGCACGACAAGGAGUAUAAUGACAAUCUCACCUUCUAUCUCGUCCUAGCAUUGGCAGUAGUUUCUUUUCUUUUUAUCGUCUCUAUCAUUGCGAUUUUUUCAGUGAAAUGCUACAGGUGGAGACGAGAGCGGAUGUUUUAUAAAUCUAAUGGACACCUUCCCGUUAUACCGUAUUACCCGCCUCUUUACGCAGACGCUGGAAACACAGGAACUUUACAGCACGUGUAUAAUUAUGAGGUGUGCAGGACAACAGACUCUCGAAAGAGUGAUCUGAAACAUAUGCGGCCUUGCAGUCAGAGCAUAAUUAGUCUCAACACCAACGGAACCCUUACAUUGCCGCAUGCGCACCGAGACAAACUCAUAUUUGAAGAUUCAGACGAUCAGGUGAGCUCCUCUUGA